CUUUAGUUCUUACAAGUGAAAGAGGCCUAGCUAGUGUUAGCUACCUUUCAAUGGCAAUGGAUGCCGGUUCUGUAGCUUGCAACCAAUCAUGGUCCAUCAGCGAGGACUCACUGAGAAGAUACGUUCAAUUUGCAAGUGAGAGCUGUGUGCAGGAGUUGUUAAUGUCAGCUUCGUCCGAGAAUUCAAGUCGCGGCGGUGACGGAUGGAAGAUUCUCAGCCGUAACAACGGCGUGGAGAUAUCGAAACGAAGGUCGGGAUCUCUUCAUAUCUUCCGUAGUCGCCGGCUGCUCAGAUCUGUGUCGCCACAGCAAUUCAUCACCGUUGCCAAUGCUAUAGAUGCCGCCAAGCAAUGGGACCCUGACAUGGUAGAAUCCAGAUAUAUAAAAGAUGUAGAAGAUAACUUGAGCAUUAUUCGUCUUAAGUUCGGACAAAACUCAAAGCCUUUCUUCAGAAGAAGAGAAUUCAUAGUUUACGAACGCCGUGAAACCAUGGAGGAUGGCACUUUGGUAGUAGCAGUGGCAUCACUGCCGAAGGAAAUAGCAGCCGGAUUGCUUCCGAAGCAAAACAAUGCAAUAAGAGGAUUACUGGUGCAGUCAGGAUGGGUCGUGGAGAAGCUUGAAGAUUUAAACUCAUGUGUUGUUACAUACGUUGUUCAGUUGGAUCCAGCAGGAUGGCUUCCCAAAUUCUUCGUGAAUCGCCUCAACACCAAGCUUGUAAUUAUGAUCAUCGAAAACCUUAGGAAACUGGUUCAAACUACUCCACCACAUUAG